UCACUCUCUCUCGGCUUUCACACUUGACUGUCUUUCAUCCGCGUUCAUCCUUGGAUGUCAUGCCACUACUCCUGGAGGUACGGUGAGAGACGCUGAUCUACUACACUUCUCCUGCGCUCCGUGGCGGCAGAGUAACAUUACAGUACACUGUGUACAAAUGUAGUGGUUGCAAAUUCAACUUGAAGAAUCAGGGAGAUCGAUCUUUUUAUUGAUGUUUGUUUCUUCUUUGCUCAUCUUUACUUUAAACUGAUGGUUGAGAAGAUGGCACUACACCAUGAUGUUUCCCUCCUCGCUUCUGAGCUGACAUGAGGCCCUCCCUGCUCCCUCUUCGCAGGACCGACCACACCCAAGAGACUGACCACGCCCAAAGGUUUGACCACACCCAAAGAUUUGACCACCGCCACAAGCUAGCCGUAGCCCUGCAUUCUCCACAUGCCCACAGAGAUCGCAGACAACAUGGCCGGUCGCAGACAGAGACUCAUCAUCGGAGGCCUGUUGCUGUUUUUAUUAUGGAAUGUCGCAACUUAUAUGGUCUUCACUCGUCAAGCUGAGCAAGGUUCUACACAGGUGGAGUCUUCACAGACAAUGAAUGAGCGAUUAAAUCGACUUCAGGAACAAAUGAAAGAUCAGAUGGAUAUUAAUGAACAGCUCAUUAAAGACAUCAUCCAACAAAAAGAAGCCAUUUUAAAAGGGAAAAAAUUAGUACAUGUACCAGCUCCACCGGCCAAUGAAAACGUUGACUUAGCCGUACAUCAAGAUGUCUCCAAAUCACGUCCAUUUAAACUAGAGGUGGCUGGCAAGGUCACGUACCCAUACUCUUCCUAUGUCAUUCCAGUAUUGAUGAUUGCUUGUAAUAGACCCAGCGCCAUCCAAAGGAGCCUGACCAAUUUGUUGGGCACAAGGCCCUCUCCCACUCAGUUUCCAAUUAUAGUUAGCCAAGACUGCGGACAUCAAGAGACGGCCGAAGCCAUUCAGCGUUUCGAUGACAAGGUCACGCAUAUCAAGCAACCUGACCUGAGCAGUAUUACAUUACCCUCAACACAGAAGAAAUUUGAAGGAUAUUACAAGAUAGCCAGGCAUUACAAGUGGGCCCUGAAUCAGGUGUUUCAUCAAUUUAAAUAUGAUGCUGUCAUCAUUGUAGAAGACGAUCUGGACGUGUCGGUGGAUUUCUUUGAGUACUUCCUCGCCACGUAUCCCCUUCUGAAAGAGGACCCCACAUUAUGGUGCGUCUCGGCAUGGAAUGAUAACGGGAAAGAGAGCAGAAUAUCAAGAGAUGCAGAGUUACUUUAUCGAAGCGACUUCUUCCCAGGCUUAGGUUGGAUGAUGAGAAAAGAAAUUUGGCAAGAAUUAGAAAACAAGUGGCCAGAUGGGUUUUGGGACGAUUGGAUGAGAGAUCCAGCUCAGCGUCAGGAGAGGGCCUGCAUCCGUCCAGAAAUAUCUAGAACUGAUACCUUUGGAAAAGUUGGUGUCAGUAGGGGCCAGUUUUUCGAGCAGCAUUUGAAGUACAUCAAACUCAACCAAAAAUCAGUAGCUUUUACACAACUGGAUCUCUCCUUGCUCAAAAAGGAUAAUUAUGACCCAGUCUUCAAGAAGGAAGUUUACGGAGCUCCAGAGGUGACGAUAUCGCAACUCCAGAAGCAGGACGCUCUUGGACAUCCUACCGUUAGAAUCACAUACAACAGUAAAAAUAGCUUCAAACUAUUGACCAAACAAUUGGGCAUCAUGACAGAUCUAAAGUCUGGUGUUCCACGAGCUGGUUACAUGGGUGUAGUCAGCUUUAUGUUUGACAACCAUCGUGUUUAUCUAGCGCCCCCAACGGGUUGGAAUGGAUAUGAUGUAUCGUGGAGUUAACAUUGGCUGAUUAUCUGCAGUUUGACACUUGACACUAUCGGGCUCUUGGUGGCGCCAUACAAGACAAAAAAAAUGAUUUGAGCAUGCUGUUUACAACCCACUGCCAUUGUGCAUGGUAGCUUACGUAUGUGAAAAGAGACUGCAGCAAGAAACUCAAAGGACAUCUGUCAAUUGGACAGUGUGUGAACACAGUUAAAAACAGGCAUCGAAUCGCUUUUAAAAUACUAGAAUACUGAAGUUGAUUAACAGAUGGGGUUAGUAUGGAUCUUCCCUGAUGGAGCAUAGAUCCGGCAAUCCCAUGCUUUGGAACGUCAGCGGGAAAUACUCCAAGGUUAACUUCGGCAGGAUGUGAACCUGCCAUGUCAGGCCCAUAAUCCCCUAAAACGACUGCCAAAUCUGUUGAAGGUCCCGUAGUCUGAUACCGGCAUUCUGGAAUUGGUGGAAAUGGUGAAUAUGAAAUGAACUCCCACCUUCUCAUUUUCUGUUGAAGGUCAACGAGUAAGAUUUCAUGCAGGAUGUACUUACAUUCCUAAAUGAAAAUGCUUUGGAACUUUAGUUGGACAAACUCCAAAGUUAAUCCUGAGCAGGAUGUGAACCUGCAACAUCUGGCACAUUAGCCCUAAGACAAUGAACAGCUAAAUGCUCUUUGAAAUCUGUUAAAGAUCCCGCUCUGAUACUGGUGUUCUGGGAUGGGCAGAAAAUGGGCAAUAAGAACUGACUUCCGUCUUCUUAUUUCUGGUUGAAGGUCAAAAAGUAAGAUUUUCGUGCAGAAUGAACUUACAGCUCCCAAGGCUUUCCUGAUUGAGAACCGGGCCCAAUUUCAUGGCUCUGCUUACUGUAAGCACAUAAUCAGCAUUUACAGAAGCAGGGGAUUCUGUGUUUACAGCAAGUGUAUUUCACGGGUUGGCGGCGAAUUUUGGCUUCUGCAUGUGUGUACUCUACAUUACUAGGCAUUCUAGAUGCUUACAAGGCUAGCGCUGAAAUUUGGCAUUUGCCGGGCAAGCAGAGAAUGUUGAGCAAAUUCGCAGAAGUAGGCGGUAAGCAGAGCCAUGAUAUUGGGCCCUGAUUCCAAUCAGGGUAACCCAACCAGGGUAACAGUUAUAUCCAGAUGGGGAUAGUUUGUUUGACAUUUACCUAUAAAAUAUGAGACUUUAUUCAAGAGUUAUUUUAAAUCAAACAAAAAACCCAACCCCAAAGACCCACCUUAAUUGUUUAAACCCCCGCCUUUUUAGGUAAUAAAAAUUUUUAAAAAACUUUGAAAGUGUGGCAAGUAGUAGAAGGAACAAGACAUAA